UCCUAGCCUUUUGUUCUCCAGCCUUCGACCCUGCAGACGGGUGGAAAAGUGAAAAUACAAGCUGGAAUCUUCAUUUAGAGUUUCCUGUGAGUUCACAAACUACAAAACAUCCCCAUGAAUGUCCCUGAGUGAAACCAUAGUCUUUGCUUGAUUAUCUGGGUUUGAGAGAGUGGAGAGUAAGACGUAGCUUAGAGUUGUUUUUAUCAGUGUCAGAUGAGAAGAGAAGUGAGUGAUGUAAAGAGAUAGAGAGCUGAGAUGACAGCUGUUUGGAGGGGCAGCAGGAGGAGGUGCACACAAGAAACAUCAAACGUAAAAGACAGAGGAUGCAACAAGCUGGAGAAACACAAAGCAAGACAUCCAUAUACUAAGAAUGAGUGAAACGCCAAUAGAGCUUGAGCUAUCAAUCCAGCCAUCAUCACAGCCAGGCCUUGAGAGGGGGCUUCAGUCUCCACUGGUGUUUCAGCUGCCACUCUCCACCCAAGAUCCCCCUGAGACCCAUCAACAAACCCAGCCCCAGCCUGAGGUACAGCUGUCGGAGUCUAACCCCGAGCACCGGCACCAAGCAAAGCCACUGUGGAUAAAACAUCGAAGGCUGCUCCUCCUCUUUGGGGGGUUCUCCUUAUGUGCUGCUUUUCUGGGACUAAUUUACUAUAAGCACCAGAAUCUUCAGAGUAGGAGCAAUAACCAGACAGGCGCUGCGACUCCAUGUCUUUCCCCAGCCUGUCAGAGGGCCUCGGCCCAUCUCUCCACAUCUGCCGAUCCCUUCAAGGAGCCCUGUGACUACUUCUUGUUCACAUGUGGAUCUGACGGACUCUCACCAGACAGCGGGGGCAGACAGAGAGGACAGGGCAUCCUGGGACAUCAGCAGAACUACAAUGGGAAGUCUGUGUGGUCAGAGAGGAGAGGACACAGUAAAGAGAGAGAAGACAGAGGAGUGAGACAGGAAAAAAUAUUAGACAGGAAAACCGUACUGCUGCAGUACCUCAGGGAGAUUUUGGAGUCGAACGACAGAGGCAGCAGUUCAGCAGUGCAGAAGGCCAAAGGAUUUUACAACUCCUGUUUGGACACAAGAGCCAUAGAAACAGCUGGAGUGGAGCCCUUCCUCACACUCAUCCAGAAACUGGGAGGUUGGGCUGCAUCAGGCCAAUGGAAUAAGACUGAUUUCAACUCCACCCUGAGCCUGCUGAUGAGAGACUACGCCACCUUUCCCUUCUUCAAUCUCUAUGUGGGCAAAGACCCAAAUGAAAUUGCCCGUGGUUCGACCAAAAGAUACAUACAGAUUGAUCAGCCAGAUCUAUUGAUCCCGAUUGAGUGGAACACCAAGACACAGAAGUCUCAAGCUAAAGCUCAGACACUACGUCGUUUCUUGGCAACAUGUGAGACGUACCUGGCGCUGUUGGGGGCCCCGCCCAGCAGCAGCAUGCUCCAUGUGGGCAUGUUCAUGUCUCUGUCCUCUGAGCUCGCUGUAGCUACUUCACCGCUGCAAUAUCGCCUGUCGAAAGGACAGCUCUAUCAGCGUAUGACCAUCAAAGAGCUCCAGAUCCAGGCCCCUGCCAUUGAUUGGUUGGGUUGUCUGCAGGCCGCUUUCCAUCCACUGACCCUAAUGGAGGACGAUCCUGUCCUUGUGCAUAACUUGCCCUACAUGGUGCAAAUGACCCCAAUCAUCGGGAAAUGGCUGAACAAGCACGAGCUGAGCAGCAGCGGUCCCCUUCAAACUUAUAUGGUCCUGAAUCUGCUGCACACCCUGAUGCCGGCGCUGGACUCCAGAUUUUCUGAAGCAGCAAAGAAUUUAUCUGUGACUCUGGGUAACACUGAAGAGCAGGUGGCUCCUCGCUGGAGACACUGUGUGUUGGAGACCGAGAGAGGAUUCGACUCAGUUCUUACACACCUUCUGCGUGAAAGGACGGCACGCCGAGAGGCAGAGGAGGUGAUUCAAAAUAUCUUUUCCUCCUUCAAGUCCAAAUUACAUGAACUCAAAUGGACAGACAAGACGUCUCCCCAGUCUGUUAUGAAAAAGGUUCAUUCUUUAAAUCCAAGACUCUGGACUUCAAAUGAGAUCUCUAGUGAAGCUGAGCUUGAUCUGCUUUUUUCUAAGGUGUCAGUGAACACACACAGCUUCUUCUCCAACUAUGUGCAGCUACUGUCCUUGUGGCAAAAGAGGCGCAGAAAACUCCUGACUGAGCAGACCGAGAGGGUCGAUGUUCUGUCUGUCACACCACUUCUCCUGGGUAAUGAGCUCCUCUUUCCCGUGGGAAUGUUUGUCCCUCCCCUCUUCCAUCCAACUUAUCCCAGGGCAAUGAAUUAUGGUGUGAUGGGUUUCCUUCUCGCCAAAGAUAUCCUCCACUUGCUUCUGCCUGACAUUUACUCUCAGAGUGAGACAGUGCGUGCUGUGGGGGAAUGUGUGUGGGCUCACUAUCUCACUGUGACAGAAAGAACAAGCAGAGGUGGAGCAUUUUCUCUCUCAGCAGCACAGCAGCAGGAGGUGUGGGUGCAGUAUUCUGCACUGCAGAUAGCAUUGCAGGCUUAUCGUCAGAGUCUAAAGAACCAUCCGGAGGACACCUCCAUCUCAGGAUUGUCACACACCCGCCUGUUUCUCUCAUCUUUUUCUCAGGUUAACUGUGACUUUGACCCCUACCAUGGAUUCAUGCCAUUGGAGCCCUCCUUUUUGAUUACAGUCAUUUGCGCCAAAUCUCACCUGUGUCCUUCACGCCUACAGUGUCCCAGUAAAACCCAGCAACAUACAUUACAAACAUGCUGAAGAGACUCCUCUGAAGACUGGCUGCACUUUUAUUUUUUGUUACUGAGUAUUACUCUGACAAGAUACUCACAUCCAUGUGGUGCUGUAACCAAGCACGCUGUGGAUGUUGGCGAACUGUUGUUACAAAGAAAGUUAAUAUAGAAUACCGACAGUAUGUACAACCCAAGAAACACUGAUGUUUGUUUUUUUGUAUUAGCCUUAAUUGUUUAUAAGAUGUGUUUGCAUGUUCCAUUAAUUGCACAAGCUGUUUAGUAAUUAUUGAAAUAAAAAAAGAGACAUUUGAAAAAAAGCACCCUGAGCCUUCACUAUCAAUGCAAGCAUUUAACAAUACUCCAUGAAAGUCCUGCAUUCAGGGAGAGAUUUGGCUUUUUUGCAAGAAAAAUGACUUAAAUGAUUAUCAUAAUAAAUUCUCAAUUCAUUUCUGUCAAUUGUUUCAGCUCUACUUGUAUGUUUACACUGUUGGACAGUUUCAUUUAAAACAAAACAAAAUGAUUUAUAAAGUAACUAGUAACCAAAGCUGUCAAAUCAGUGAAAAAAAUACAAUAUUGAUGAAAAUAGAAGAGUAGAAAUACAAAGUAGCGAUGUAAAUGUACUUAGUUACUUUCCACCACUGAGUUCCAGCGGUUCCACAGCAACUUAAGAACUGUUAUUUUUCAAAAUCAAAUCACUAAAUUACUGUUUGAAAAUCAGGCCAUAUCAUGUUCCUGUCAGACUCUCCAACAAUCAGCUGGAGAGUUCUCAGAUUUCAGAUUUCUUUUUGAAAUAUGAAAUAGCCCAACAGGAAACAUGCGGAGCAAAGCCACAGCCAAAAAAGCCUCAGAGAGGAUUGCUCAGGGAAAUGUUAGUAUCAACAUUAAAGCAAGAGAAAAUACACCUUUGAGGCUGAUUAAACAAGUGGGCAGAACUACUAAACCUCCGACUGGGAAAGGCCUCGGAAAAGCAGGAGCCAAACGUUUGGGCCGGCUGUUGAAACGGGCCAUCCAGGACCAGGAGGAGCCGGCGGAGAAGGGACAAGUGUCUGUGCCAAAGACUCCCGUUCGCCUUUUCAAGCAUCAGAUUCAAACUGAGGCUGACAAUGCAUCCAAGAGAAACACCGCACAGACAAAGCCGGCCUCACAUCAGGUUUCCCAGCUCAUCCUCAGCGUGGUUUCCCACUGCAAACACCGAGGUGGCAUCUCUAUGGCGGAGCUCAAGCAGACGCUGGCUGCUGGAGGCUACGAUGUCACCAAGAACAACAGGCGGGUGAACGUGGUGACCAAAAGGCUGGUUAAUAACGUCACACUCGUCCGAACUACGAGAAAUGCAUCGUUAAGGCUGAACACUAAGGUAAAGAGCAUUCGCCUGUUUAAUUUGGUAACUUG